CUGAAAGUCAGAGCUAAAAACAUUUUUCUUGUUCCCCUCUUCUCUUUCUCUCUGGCUUUUGCAUUUCUAUGCCUCUUUCUGAGAGACCCAUCCAUGGCUUCCUUGGUGCUUCUCUAUUUGUCUCAGUGGCGUCUUCCCAGAAGCUUUUUCUUCAUACCCACCACCCUAGCCCUCGCAACCUCCCUUCUCAUUCUCUUCUACAUUUCCACAACCUCUAAUCUCUUCCCUCACCACCCUCCUCUACCCAAUCUCUCUUCCUUUGCUCCUCAUCUCUACCCAUUUCAAAGUCAACGCUCACUGCCUCCUAACUCCGCCCCAAAUGGAAACUAUGACAAUAACAACGAGGUGUUCCAUGACACACAUAUCUUUGUUCAAGACUAUAAAGAAAUGAAAAGGAGCUUUAAGAUAUAUGUUUAUCCUCACAGGAAAGAUGAUCCCUUUGCAAAUGCACUUCUUCCUGUGGAUUUCGAACCUGCGGGUAACUAUGCCAGUGAAAGUUACUUCAAGAAGGUCCUGAUGGAAAGCCAUUUCAUCACAAACGAUCCAACCCAGGCACAACUUUUCUUUUUACCUUUCUCCAUUGCAAGGUUGCGACACGACCCCAGAGUUGGUGUGGGAGGCAUCCAGGAUUUUAUUAGAGAUUACAUGUUCAAUAUUAGUCACAAGUACGAAUAUUGGAACCGGACUGGUGGAGCAGAUCAUUUUUAUGUUGCUUGUCAUUCCAUUGGACGCUCAGCUAUGGAAAAAGCAACCCAAGUCAAAUUUAAUGCCAUUCAACUUGUGUGCUCUUCAAGUUACUUCCUAUCUGGGUACAUUGCUCACAAGGAUGCAUGUCUCCCUCAAAUUUGGCCCAGAAAACAAGACCCCCCUAACCUCCUGUCAUCAAAUAGAACAAAACUUGCAUUCUUUGCCGGAGGAAUUAACUCCCCAGUACGGGAAAGGCUUCUUCAAGUUUGGAGAAAUGACUCCGAGAUUUUUGUGAACUUUGGUCGGCUUAAGACAUCGUAUGCUGAUGCGCUGCUUGGUAGCAUGUUCUGUCUCCACGUUAAAGGAUUUGAAGUAAACACAGCUCGUAUUGCAGAUUCAUUGUAUUAUGGCUGUGUCCCAGUGAUAAUUGCCAACUACUAUGACUUACCAUUCGCAGACAUACUAAACUGGAAGAGCUUCUCAGUCGUUGUUGCCACUCUAGAUAUCCCGUUGCUUAAGAAUAUCCUUAAAGGAAUCAGGUCUGAUGAAUAUAUGAGGUUAAGAAACAAUGUGUUUAAGGUGCGCAAUCAGUUCCAGUGGCACCUUUCACCUAUAGAUUAUGAUGCUUUUCACAUGGUUAUGUAUGAGUUGUGGCUCCGACGUAGUUUUUCAACAGCUUCCUUGAGCACUUUUGAGCAUUCUAAAUCAACAAAUUUUUUUUUAUGA